AUGAAUUUACAGUGCACAGCACCGAAAGCUUGGCGUCAACCUCACGUCUUACAACAACACUUAAGUGAUAUCAAAGAAGCAGUCGUUACGAUUACGGCUUGUUUAGAUGAGUUCUUGCAUGCCACUGGACGUAUCACUGUCGAUAAAAGCAGUCCCAAAGCAGAUGAUUUGCAACAUCUGUUAACACCACUUCGUAAUUCUCAUUCGAUGAUAAAACAACUAAAACAAAAUAUCGAUUAUACGGGUUGGACUUUAGCCGCUUUGUCGAGACCUAAAUCCAACAUGGCAUCCACAACGAAUGGUAAUGAUGCGUUGGAUCAGUUUGUUGCCGUUAUCAAGCAGGUG